AUGAACAACGACCUCGAGGAUUCGGUCUAUAUUGUCGGAGCUACGCAGUAUCGAGCCACUGUGAGAAGUAUAAGAUUUGGUGGACAGUACCUAAGUAGUAUACAUCUACCCGUUGGCCAGUGCGUUCUGUUCCCUAGCGGGGUCCUUACCCUUUUGGAGCCAUGCAAUACCAGAGCUCCAGCCUUUGGGCAACUCCUCCACCAAGGUACCAACGACAUUCAUCACCUCGCCCACCUCGACGCCCGGCUACCCGACAGGGUUUCAUUGAAUCCCGCCUCCGGUCAACGUCACCUCCCCAGCGGUAAAGAACGCGACGAUGCCGCUAGCUCACCCAGCCAGGGAAGGCACCAGUCGUCCAACCGACCAGAUUACAAGGUUGGGAUCCUGUCUACAAGUAACCUGGACCAAAUGGCUUCUAAUUGCUUUCAUAUCUCUAGGUGUCUGCGACCGCCGCACCUGUGUCAACCCUGUUGGACUGGCCUGUUUGGUGAAGCGGGCUUCCGAGAGCUCUUACUACCAGGCGGCAGCAGGCGCUAUACGUACAGAACGUCCUGGUCGGGACUGGCAGCAUCCGAGACAUGUAACUGGUGCCGGCUACUACUGAUCAACCGAGAAAUCACUGACAGGGGCGACGCGCUCACGGUUACUGUUGAGAUGCGGGAAGAAGAAUCGCGAGAUAUCACUCCGCCUGGAGUACAGAGACUGUGGGUCUUUUUGAACAACGAGGAAUCUGCGCAUCAUGCUGCUGGCUACAUACGCACGUCCGCAAGCGCCCCUGAAGUCUUCCAAUCAGUCCUCCAGCAUGUUGAGCAGUGCAUGUCCGGGCACGAGCACUGCAAGGCAACGGCACACAUCAACCCCUUGCCUACUCGUGUGGUCGAUUGCACCAAUCCCUUGAAGCCAAAACUCUGGGCUACGGAUGGCAAAGAGGGCAAGUACAUCGCCUUGAGCUAUGUGUGGGGGGAGCCACAGGCUCAUAGCACGACCCAGGAUAGGCUGGAGACGUACCAGGGAGGAAUUGAGCUAUCAGCCCUCCCGCAGACGAUUCGGGAUGCAAUACGCGUCACGCACAGCCUGGGUUACCGGUUUCUCUGGAUCGACAGCCUCUGCAUCCUACAGGACUCGGACGAAGACAAGAGGAACGAGAUUGGCAACAUGCGCAGUAUCUAUUCCGACGCUUCUCUCGUCAUCAUCGCAGCCAGCGCAAAAAAGGUAGGCGACGGAUUCCUCCAGACCCGGACGUCCAAUGUUUCAGAGGCAAAUGACACACCGUUGGCUUUUCAACUGCCAGGGGGUCGGAUUGGAUCCCUCCACUUGUCAACCAACGGAAAAUUCUCAGGCUAUGACCCUUCUAUGGAGCCGGUAAACGCAAGAGGAUGGUGCUUCCAGGAGCACAUGCUCGCGACACGGGCUCUGGUUUUCGCCUCUCAUACACUGCAGUACCACUGCCGGACAAACGGCGUACGCAACAUCGGCAACUCUUAUAACUAUUCACCUGAUGAAACCGCCGGCCGAAUCCCUGGGAGAAUAUUCUUCAUGGCCGAAUCCAUGAAGACCCAAGGCUCCUCGAUACAGCCACCAGCACGCACUUCGCUAUCGGCUGAGGAAUGGAAGUCAACCCGCAAGGCGUGGUUUGUCGCGUUAAGGAAUUACACGCAGCGCUCAGUCGGCCAUCCGGCGGACAAGCUCAUUGCUUUUGCGGCCAUUGCCGAAACCUUCCAUGCCCUUUGGUCCGAGACGAGGUACCUUGCUGGCCUCUGGGAGGACACGCUCUUGGAGGACCUGCUCUGGAAAAAGCCGAAGCCGCCACUCCCGCGCCCCGAGGCAUACAGGGCACCCUCGUGGUCUUGGGCGUCUGUCGAUGGCGAGACCAAUUUGGAUGUAAUAGACGACAUGAUGCAACGGUCUGGGGAAGACGCCGUCAAGAGUCGUUGCGAGAUACUCUCAUGCGACGUUACGCUAGCGGAUCCGGCACUCUUGUUUGGCGCCGUCACCGGAGGUACGCUUGUCUUGCGAGCUGCCUUGGUACCAGCCCUGUUAGCGCCUUUUUUCUCAGAAAUCGCGUCAGAAAUUCAAGUACACGCCCGACCUCGCUGUGGCAACAUGGUCGGCCAGGCGGGGUCGAGUACGGAGCAUGAAUCCACUGCCGACUCGGAGAACCCCAACACAGGAAUGGUCACCAUCGGUACUUUUUGGCCUGACAGCUCGGAUGACGCACGGCUUGGGGAGGCCUGGGCCGUGCCCAUGAUGUGGAAGAAACCGAAUAUCAGGUACGGACUCAUCGUCGUCCCAGCCAACGAGGAUGGAAAUGUGGUAAGAUACCGACGCGUCGGCCUGUUCACACAUGGUGUCGUCCAUGCAAAUGGAAAUGCGGCGGGUAUAGACUGGAUUGACUGGCAAGAUCCCGUAGAGAUAGUGAUUGAAUGA